AUGUCUUGUGAGAAGUUGCAGGGAGCCAGACCUUUUGUUGAACGCGAAAGCCACAGUGGUGGCGUUUGCUGUGAUGGCAGUGAAGGAAAGAAGAGUGAAAUCUUUGUCUCUCCAACUGCCGACGCGUUGCUGUUGAAGGCGCGGGAGCUCUUCGCGACCUGCGUUGCGCUUCCCAUCGCUUGGCUUCAUCUGGAUGCGGAUGUCGAAGGGAGCCGUCGGAGAAAGCACGAGCGAGUGAAGGAAGGUGCCGAGAUUGUGUACAAUUUGCAGCAGCGGCUUCGCACAAAGCUGUUGGACAGGUACUUCCUUCUCUGGUCGUUUUUUGCGGAGGAGGAGUUCUACCUGUUGGCCUUGCCUUUGCUCUUUUGGUGCGGCGAUUAUCGUUUCGCCCGGCACAUGACCUACGUGGUGUGUUGGGGCCUCAUCUGGGGGAACCUCCUGAAGGACGUCUUCCGCUUGCCGAGGCCCAAAAACGUCAAGGCCGAGGUCUGGGUGCCCAAAAGCGCUUCGCAGAUCGAUUCCACGGCCUGCCGCGACUUCGGCUUCCCCUCCACUCAUGCCAUGAACUCCGUGAGCAACUCGCUCUUUGCAGUGCUCUUUUACUUCAAUCAUCCAUGGGUUGAUAGCGCUGGAGCGAUGGCCAUGGUAUUUGGAUUAUUUGGCAUGUGUUUCUGGAUUUCAUCCAUUUCUUUAGGACGUUUGUAUCUUGGGGUCCACUCCCCUAUGGAUGUGAAAGGAGGAGUGCUGCUGGGCACAGCAGUUGCUUUGAUGGCGGGACCCCUACAGGCCUGCAACACCUUCGACAGAUUCAUGCUGAAAACGCCGCAUGUCGGGCUGUUGCUGCUCUUUCUGGUGAUUCUUGUCUUGGUGCUGAACCCUCAGCCACGACCCAUGACGCCGACAUUUAUGCAAAAUUGCACUCUUUGUGGCCUAAUCCUGGGUUGUGCUGUUGGCUUCCGCAUGGAGAUGGAUCAUCUGGGUGCGCCCAGACUUCACAACUCAUCUGUCAGUCAGAUGCUGUUGCGGGUUGUGCUGGGCUAUUCCAUCCUGAUGUUGGCUCGGAUGGUGAUGAAAGCGCUGCUGAGCCAGCUGCUGGGUGCCUUAGGCUUUGAACCCCAUCCCACCAAGCCGAAGACCUCGCCUUCGCCUGGACCAGGACCUCCGGGGAUCAAAGGAUGGGAUCUCUUCGCUGCAGCCUUCAUGAAGACCUCGGUCUAUGCAGUCAUGGCAUGGACCAUCGUCUGUGGUGCGCCGGCACUUUUUGAGGCCAUGAAGAUCCCUUGCUCCGUGAAUGGCUGA